CUUGAAAUUGACAAUCGAUGUAUUGCAUGGCCGGCUCGCUAGCUGAUCGAGCUUAAAGGGAACAGGAAGUAGAUUACUAGAAGGUAAUUCCACCAUUUUGUCUAGCGGAUCUCUGAAGCGUGUUGUUUUAUCAACCAUGGCAAGCAAUGCUCAAAGCAAGGCACUGUUGGUUGCGGCUUUCGACUUCGGAACCACAUACAGCGGUUAUGCGUUCUCAUUCCAAGACGACCCCAACAAGAUUCAGACAAACCAGAACUGGUACGCCGGUGGUGGGGCUUCAAGAUUGGUGUCACUGAAAACAUCGACAUCUGUCCUUCUGAACCCUAAGGGAGAGUUUGACAAGUUUGGUUUCGAGGCCGAAGACAAGUACGCAAUUCUAGCUGAAGAUGAUGAGCACAACGGCUGGAGGCUUUUUAGGAGGUUUAAGAUGGUUCUGCAUAGAAAUAAGCACUUGACGAAAGACGUUAAGGUAGAGGACUUUAGUGGAAAACAGAUGACGGCUUUCCCGCUGUUUGUCAUGUCGAUCAAGUACCUGAGAGAACAUCUACGCAAGGCGGUUACUACGCAAAAGAUUGGAGUCGAGGAAACUGACAUAUUCUACGUGUUGACCGUUCCGGCUAUCUGGGAUGACAAUGCCAAGAGAUUUAUGAGGGACGCGGCUAUAGAAGCUGGUGUAGACCCGAAGCGCCUUAAGCUGGCCUUGGAGCCGGAGUGUGCCUCUGUCUGGUGCGAGACGUUGGGUAUGGACAUGAAAGGCGCUGUAGCGUUUCAAGGAUCACAGUACAUGGUUGUCGAUCUUGGAGGAGGCACCGCAGAUAUAUCUGUCCUUGAAAGAAAACCAGAUGGAACCCUGAAGGAAAUCCACAAAGCCAGUGGGGGCUCGUGGGGAGGCAUCUAUGUGGAUGAAAAUUACAUGAAAAUGUUGAAUGAAUUGUUUGGGGAAAAAGCUCUCACUGAACUCCGAAAGACUGAAAUGAAUGAUUAUUUCGAUGUCACUCGGGAAUUUGAACAUAAGAAACGGUCAUUUGACACUUACAAAACAAAGCAGAUAAUUGUUCGUGUUUCUGCCUCGCUGAGAGAUCUUGCGGAAAAGUAUUCAUCCAAAUCUUUAGAGGAACGAAUUGCGUCCUUGAAAGUGCGAGAAAAUGCCAUCACCAUGAGAGGCAAAGACAAGCUGAAGAUUGAUACAACAGUUGUCCAAUCAUGGUUUAAAAGACCAAUCGAUCUGCUGAUCCAGCAUCUGAAGUCUCUUUUAGCUGAACCAAAGAUACAAAGCGUGCGAACCGUUAUUCUGGUGGGCGGUUUCGGUGAAAGCCCGUACGUUCAGGAGAGAAUCAGGAAUGAAUUAGCCGGCAUGAGAGUGAUCGUUCCUGCAGACGCGGGUCUCGCCGUGUUGAAAGGCGCCGUUAGGUUUGGACACAACCCCGUUAUUGUCUCCUCUAGGAUCAUGAAAUACACGUAUGGGGUGAAUGGGUUUGUCAAGUUUGAUGAACAGAAGCACCCAGAGGAGAAGAAGGUUUUGAAAAAUGGAGAGUGGUUGGUGAAGGAUUGUUUCAAGGUGUACGUGCGAGUAAAGGAGGAGGUGAGAGUGGACCAACAGGUGACAAUGCAGAGUCUUCCUAUUAGUAAAACAUCCCUCACAUCUGUCUACAGAACAACACAAGAGUACCCGGAGUACACAACAGACACCGGAUGUGAACUGCUCGGGUCAAUUGAGCUCGAAAACAGCACCGUUAUUCCGUUUAAUGAACAGAAAACUGAAGACACGUUCAUGUUCGGGGAUACAGAACUUCUCGUGAAAACAAAGAACAUAACCACUGGAAAAGAAGCCUUUAUGACAUUUGAGUGCUUCAAAUAAAACGUGUUGGAUAUUUUUAUAUAGGCUUAAGACGAACUGCUGCCCCUAACCUCCAUAAGCAAAACGAGUUUUCCCAAAACAAAAAAAAAAUCCCAAUAAAAAGCGAGCUUCCUUAAAGCAAGUGAAUUUUCCCCAAAGCGAGUAAAAUGACCAGUGAUCAAAAAUAAGCGAAUACAAGUUAUUGCGACAAUGUAAAACACUACACAAUCAGAAAAUCAGCGGUUCAGCAGUUUUCGGGGCGAUGUGGGAAGCAGAAAACAUUUACAGCAAAAAGGCACAUUUAGCCCGGCAGAUUAAGUCAAUAUUAAGAAAAAUCGUUCAGUUUGUGAUACAAGCAUAAAAAAUGCAUAGGUUGUCCUAUAAGGUUACUUGUUCGGAAAAACCCGUUAGCCAUCUUAUUUUUCAAAAUGGCGACCAUUUUCAAGAUGGCCGCCAAUCCCGAUUGAAAAAUAUAGUUUUAAUACUAUUAUAGGAAACUGUAUGUAAUGUUUGUCUACUUUAUAUAAAUCAUGUUUAAUUAAUUGUUUG